AUGAAUGAUGGACCAGAGAAUAUCAGAUUUACACCAACCAAGUCUAGUAUAACAGUGAUAGAAAAUGAAAGUAGAACUGUAACCUGUUCAGCUGACUGUAAUCCACUGUGUAAUAUCAUCUGGUACAAAGGUUCAGCUAUAAUAUCAUCUACUGAACUUCUCUCACUGAACAAUAUCAAGAGACAACAAGCUGGUAAUUACACCUGUCAGGCUCAACACAACAAUAUCACCAACAGCAAGCAGACUAAAGUAUUACAGAUAACAGUUAAUUAUGGACCAGAGAAUAUCAGAUUUACACCAACUAGUUCUAGUAUAACGGUGAUAGAAAAUGAAAGUAAAACUGUAACCUGUUCAGGUGACUGUAAUCCAUCACCGUGUAAUAUCAGGUGGUAUAACGGUUCAACUACAAUAUCAUCUACUGCACUUCUCUCACUGAACAACAGACAACAAGCUGGUAAUUACACCUGUCAGGCUACAAAUACAGAGAUACAUGGUUCUCAAUCUAAACAACUGAUGGUUAUAGUACAUUAUCCUCCAACCAUCACAAGUCUAACAUCUGAUGCUACCAACAACAUGAAAGAUGAAGAUUCUACUGUAACCUUCAACUGUUCAGUUGACAGUCUUCCAUCUUCAGUAAUAUCCUGGUCUAGAUCACAACAAGGGGGACAACUCUAUUCUGGUAGUCAAUAUACCAUAUCUAAAGCUAGUUGUCAACAUACAGAUAACUAUACCUGUACAGCUAGUAAUAAUAUUGGUCAACCUGUAUCUAAAACUAUUCCACUCUUUGUUAAAUGUUCUCCAAGAGAAAACAUAGAAACCAAGAGAAACAUCACUAAUAGAAUAGAUGCAACAAUAAAUCUAGGAGUUGAUAUAAUCGCCUACCCUGAACCAACCUUCACCUGGUACCAUACACCUACCAGACAGAUAAUAAUUACAGCUAGAACACAACAACUAUCAACUAUAAACUAUAAAUCAACAGUAGAGAUUACUCUAAACUCUACUCUAUUUGGUGAUUAUAUAGUAUCUGUAUACAAUGAUAUUGGUGUUCAGAACUUCACUAUUACAGUUAUUGAUGGAGAACCACCAAAGCCACCGGGCAAGAUGGAAAGUAAUAACAUACCUAUUAUAGUUGGAAGUGUUGUUGUUGUAUUGCUGGUAAUUGGUAUUAUUGUUGUGGUGAUAUACUGUAGAAAGGGUAAGUUAUAG